AUGGCUUCUUCUUGUUUCCUUGGUUCGAUUGUCUUUACUUGUCCCACCAACCUCUCAUCUCGACCAGCUUCUCUCUUCCCGAAGAAUCUCACUUGUUGUCCUUAUUCUUCUGCUGCGUCUCGUUUUGAGUCGUUGUCGAUCGGAAGUAGUCGGAGAAAGGUGUCGGAGGUGAUGAGUAUGGCUACGACGGCGUCGGAAAUGGGGAAGGAGGAGAAGAAGAGAGUGGAGAUUUUUGACCUCGAGGAGAAUUUGGCGGUUGAUUUGGCUAAAUUCACAGCUCAUCUUUCCGAUAAGUAUUGCAAGGAGAGAGGCGCUUUCACCGUCGUUGUCUCCGGCGGCUCCCUCAUCAAAUCGCUCCGGAAAUUAGUAGAAUCCCCUUACGCUGAUUCGAUCGAUUGGUCAAGGUGGCAUUUUUUCUGGGUCGACGAGAGGGUUGUUCCCAAGCAUCACGAUGACAGCAACUACAAACUGGCUUAUGAUGCUUUCUUAUCCAAGGUUCCAAUUCCGCCUGGAAACGUAUAUGCCAUUAACGAAUCCCUCUCUGCCGAGGCUGCAGCGGAUGAUUACGAGACCUGCCUCAAACAUCUGGUCAAGACCAACAUCCUCCGCGUAUCUGAAUCAACAGGAUUCCCCAAAUUUGAUCUCAUGCUUCUUGGUAUGGGCCCUGAUGGCCACGUGGCAUCUCUAUUCCCGGGACACAGUCUCUGCAACGAGAGCCAGAAAUGGGUAACAUUUAUCACCGACUCUCCAAAACCGCCAUCUGAAAGAAUCACCUUCACAUUCCCUGUCAUCAACUCCUCUGCACAUAUAGCUCUAGUCGUUUGCGGUUCUGGGAAAGCCGAAGCCGUUCAAGCAGCUCUGAAGAAGACCGGGGAAGUACCUGCGGGUUCCGUUAGUGCUGAAGACGAGCUGGUUUGGUUUCUGGACAAACCAGCCUGUUCCAAGCUCUAA